AUGCCUCCAAAGCACAACAAGCACCCCCACGGCACCCCGCUGGGCAAAUGGAUGCCCUCCUCGUCUGACGCGCACCACAAAUGGCUCGGCGGCGUGAUCGCGCACGUCGACAGCAAGACUUCUCACGACCUGCACCCCGUGCUGAAGGAAUUCCAAGCCCUCAUCGAGUCCAACACGCGCGUCUACAUGCUCAUCUCGGCCAUGUUCGCCGAAAUCCCCCGCAACAGGCCCUACUCGACCGACCCGACGGGCUGUCCGCAGAUGCGCGACUACCAGCACAUGCUGCGCGUGCUGAACUACCUGCUCACGACCGCGCCCUCCUGGAACGACUUCUCGCACCGCGUCGGGCUCGUCGGGCUGCCCAUCAACGCCGUGCUGGACUGGCCCAUGGGCACGCCGAGUGGAUACGCCGCGUUCCUGGAUGCCGACGUCAACGCCAUGAUUAAGAAGGUUCUUAAUGCCUGGGGCGAGUACCUGCAGUCGCCGGAGUCGGCUAGCGUGCUGGAUGAUUCGCCGUAUGGGUGGUUCGGCGAGAUGGGCGUACAGUCUCUUGUCACGGUGGGGAACAUUGGGAACCAGAGUAGUUACUCGUUUGAGGAGAUGUACGUGUGUGAUCCAGCGAAGGAGCACCAUGGGUAUAAAUCGUGGGAUGAUUUCUUCACGCGCGAGUUCCGCCCCGGCGUGCGGCCGGUGGCGGCGCCGGAUGAUGAUAGCGUCAUUGCUAAUGCGUGCGAGUCGCAGCCGUACAAGGUUGCGCGGAAUGUGAAGGAGCGCGAUAUGUUCUGGAUCAAGAGCCAGCCGUACUCCAUCAAGGACAUGCUGGCGCAUGACCCGCUCGCGCCCCAAUUUGCAGGCGGAACGGUGUACCAGGCGUUCCUGAGCGCGCUGAGCUACCAUCGGUGGCAUUCGCCCGUCAGUGGGAAGAUUGUCAAGGCGUACGUCGUCGAUGGGACCUACUAUUCGGAGCCGCUGUUCGAAGGCCUAGGCGACCCGGCUUCCGCGCGGAAGAACAUCGACGUUGCGGGCGAAGUCACGGCGCAAGAGUAUAUCACUGCUACGGCAACACGAGCGAUCAUUUUCAUCCAAGCAGACAACCCUGAUAUUGGGUUGAUGGCUUUCCUCGGAGUUGGCAUGUGCGAGGUCUCUACUUGUGAUAUUACCGUGAGAGAGGGACAGCAUGUGAGCAAAGGUGAUCAGAUUGGAAUGUUCCAUUUUGGGGGCUCUACACACUGUCUGCUGUUCCGGAAAGGAGUCAAGGUGGAAGAGUUCCCAUCGACAGACGUGGAGCAUAAUAUCCCGGUACGGAGCAAAGUGGCAGUCGUGUCAUCAUAG